CCUGCGGCAACCUGGCGCCGGGGGCUCCGGCUCCUCCGGCGGGGUUCGGCAUGAGGCUGGCGCGGCUGCUGCGCGGGGCCGGCUCGGGCCCGGGGCCGUUCGCCUCCGGCCCCCGCUCCGGCCGCAGCCUCAGCUCGGACUCGGGCUCCGGCCCGGCGCCCGCCAGCGGCGUUCCGGGCCAGGUGGACUUCUACGCGCGCUUCUCGCCGUCCCCGCUCUCCAUGAAGCAGUUCCUGGACUUCGGAUCGGUGAACGCUUGCGAAAAGACCUCAUUUAUGUUUCUGCGGCAAGAGUUGCCUGUUAGAUUGGCAAAUAUAAUGAAAGAAAUAAGUCUCCUCCCAGACAAUCUUCUCAGGACGCCUUCCGUUCAAUUGGUACAAAGCUGGUAUAUCCAGAGUCUUCAGGAGCUUCUUGAUUUUAAGGACAGAAGUGCUGAGGAUGCUAAAGCCGUGUAUGACUUUACAGAUACUGUGAUACGGAUCCGAAACCGACACAAUGAUGUCAUUCCCACCAUGGCCCAGGGUGUGAUCGAAUACAAGGAGAGCUUCGGGGUGGAUCCUGUCACCAGUCAGAAUGUUCAAUACUUUCUGGAUCGAUUCUACAUGAGUCGCAUUUCAAUUAGAAUGUUACUCAAUCAGCACUCUCUAUUAUUUGGUGGAAAAGGCAAAGGAAAUCCCUCUCAUCAAAGACACAUUGGAAGCAUAAACCCAAACUGCAAUGUAGUCGAAGUUAUUAAAGAUGGCUAUGAGAAUGCUAGGCGUCUUUGUGAUUUGUAUUAUAUUAACUCCCCUGAACUAGAACUUGGAGAACUAAAUGCAAAAUCACCAGGACAGCCAAUACAAGUGGUUUAUGUACCAUCCCAUCUCUAUCACAUGGUGUUUGAACUUUUCAAGAACGCUAUGAGAGCGACCAUGGAACACCACGCCGACAAAGGUGUUUACCCCCCGAUUCAAGUUCAUGUCACACUGGGUAAUGAGGAUUUGACUGUGAAGAUGAGUGACCGAGGAGGUGGCGUUCCAUUGAGGAAAAUUGACAGGCUCUUCAAUUAUAUGUAUUCAACUGCACCGCGGCCUCGUGUUGAGACAUCUCGAGCAGUGCCCCUGGCUGGUUUUGGUUAUGGAUUGCCCAUAUCACGUCUUUAUGCACAGUACUUCCAAGGAGAUCUAAAGCUAUAUUCCCUAGAGGGUUAUGGGACAGACGCGGUUAUCUACAUUAAGGCUUUGUCAACCGAAUCAAUAGAAAGGCUCCCCGUGUAUAACAGAGCAGCCUGGAAACACUACAACACGAACCAUGAGGCUGAUGACUGGUGCAUUCCCAGCAGAGAACCAAAAGACAUGACCACAUUCCGCAGUGCCUAGAUACUCUUGGGCUGUCUGGAAAAUCCAGCUGAGGUUUUAGUAUUAAAUUUGGAAGGAGUAGUGUUCCGAACUACAUUAUACCAAAUGCUUGGUGUGUCAUUUUCACAAUUAACUAUUUGGGUAGAAUAAAUGGAAACCAAAUUC